AUGGAUUUCAUUAGCCCAAUAAUAGGAUGGAUUUCCCCAUAUGUGAUUGAUCCUAUUAGAGCUAGGUUUCGUGUCUUGCGGAAAGUUAGGGAGAACAUUGAAGAGUUAGAAAAGACAGCAGAGAAGCUGGAUGCGAGGAGAAAUGACGAACGAAAAAAACUGGAAGAAUUAAAGAAGCAAGAAGGGGUUGAAGAAUCGGCAGAUGCAAAUCGCUGGUUCAACCAAGCCAAUAAAGCUGUAUCCGACACCAACAGCCUACGCACUGAGUACGACGAGCAGCAAAGAAGAGGACUGUGUUCAAACUGGUCAUGCUUGUCACGCUAUCAGCUGAGCAAAAGAGCGUUGAAGCUCAAGCAAAAUGUCGACAAGUUGUAUGAAGAAGAUCCAAAAUCUGGUUGGACUGCGGCUUCUACCUCGCAGAAAGGGAUGAAGCUGGACACCGUUUCUAUGGAGGGCCAAACAACAAGAGAGACAUUGAAGCAUGAGAUCAUCAAAGGGGUGCUGGACGAUAGGUAUGUUGUUGUUGGGUUGCACGGUAUGGGUGGAAUCGGCAAAACGACACUCCUACGACACGUCCAUGAGCACUUUGUAAAGACCAAGCACUUCGAUUCCGUGAUUUUCACUACCGUGUCGGCCACACCAGAUUUCGAUGGAAUACGAAAACAAAUUGCAAAAAGCUUGGGGUUCGAAAAUUGUGUAGAUGACAAUGAUGUGAAAGAAAGAUUGUCUCGAGCAAAAAUGAAGUUUAUCUUAAUAUUGGAUGACAUGUGGGAGACUAUUGAUCUCAGUGAAAUCUGCAUUCGUGCACCAACAAAGGAGAACGGCUGCAAAAUAUUAAUGGCAUCUCGAUUGUUACCAGUGAUUAUGAGGUUCGUAAUCCGCUUUACAGAAAGAGAUUCUCUUCAUACAAUUCGAGUGGACAGCCUACCAUCACAUGAAGCAUGGAAUCUUUUUGUCAAGAAAGUGGGGGAGACUCUAAUUACUUCUAAACCAGGAAUAGAAGCCCUUGCCAAGAAGGUUCUUUGA